AAAAUCGAUCGUUAUAAGAAAAAAAUCCAAAAACUCGAAGCAGAACGAAAACGAAUAAUGGUUAUACAAAGUGAUUCCGAAUCUUCGGAAGCGGAACUAGAUCACGAUUGCCAGAUUGAAGAGGGUUAUCACGAUGCUCAGGCCCAACAAACCCAGGCCCAAGAAUACGACAAGGCCUCAGAGGGCCCACUAGUCGAAAAUCUCAACGAGAUUACAGUCUUAAAUCCCAACAAAGAAAUUUCCCUACCGGAAAACGUGUGCGAUGCACCUGCACUCCCUGAAAUAUCAGAUUUAGACCCAGACUUGAUAUCGGCCUUGGGUGAAUCGACAGAAACUAACCCCGAAUUCGGCGUCAAAAUACACGAAAAUUUGACAAAGCUUUGGUUACCUUUACUCAAAAAAGGUAUGACAAAAGAAAAUAAGGAAAAAAUCCUAAAGGAAUACCUCAUACCCGAUAAUUGCCGCUUACUGCAAGCGCCCAAAUUGAACGCAGAAAUAUCAGCUGCAGUACCCGAUAUGGUGAGAAACCGCGACAAAAAUUUAUCAAUUUCCCAGCAACAACUUGGGGUUGGUAUCACGGCUAUAAAUAAAGCCAUGGAUAUCCUUCUAUGUAAAACUGACGACAAGGUACAGGCCAUGAAACAUCUUAGCAAUGGCUGCCGCAUCUUAUGUGACCUUCAUUCGGCGUCCACUCAGAGUCGUAUAAAGCUCCUGACACCCAGCCUGGACAAAACUUUUCUGCACGUUAUCCAGGACGCGGAACGAGACGAGACGGUGUUUGGCAAUAAAUUGCCAGAUAAGAUAAAGGCUGCAAAAGCCAUCGAGAAACAAGGUCUUCAAAUCAAGAAGGUUACUGUCACGAAGACCUCCGUAACCACACCACCAACGGGGUCUCGACCGACGUACUCGGGAAACUGGCCAGCCCCCCAUCGUUACUCGUCGAACAGGGGGGGGCGCGGAGGAGCCAAGAGGACGACACCGAGCACCCGCCGGCCAUUCGCGGCGCCGCCAACGAACAAAGUUGUGAAUCAAGGGAGACCACGUGCACCAGCACCGUAAACCAGGGAGCAACAUCCCAUGCACGCCAACCUUACCCUGGGUGUCGCGAGGCUUUGCAGCAAUCCUUCUGCCGACGAGGUUCUCCACCGGACGCAAUGAAUUUGAUGCUAGCAUCGCUGUCUGACAGUACGAUAAA